CAAAAUUCAAAACAUUCGAAUCUUCUAAGCACGUAAAGGUCGUUAGUGAAAAUGAGCAGAAAUCCCUACUUCUCCCAACCUGCCUGAUAAAAACAACUCUGUCUUUGGUUUAUAUUCAAAGCAUUGAUAUUUUUUUCAUUCAUUCUACGAUCAUAUAAAAUCUGUCACAUAUCGUGAAACGAUAAUCGUUACGACCAGCGGCAAAUGAUGUGUAACUGAAUUGCAUAUUUUUGGUCGUAAAUCUACAUUUUACACACAGUGGCAGCUUCUCAACAGGAGAAGGUCCUUUCUAGUGUUCGUGGAAAAGUGUCUUUUCCCAGUGUGUUUUUAGUGACCUAAAUAUUGAGUACUUUCAGAAAAUGAAAGCUGACUUCAGUACUUUUUUGAUAUUCUGCAUCGGCGCUGCUACUUUUGUGGGCCAAGGAAUCAAUACAUUUUUCCCCAGCAUUGAUUUGACAACGGAGGAACUAAUUCGAAGCUAUGGUUAUCCCGUUGAGAUUCACGAUAUAGCUACAGAAGACGGUUACAUACUCAGCAUGCUGCGUAUACCAAGUGGUAAAAACAGCAAUCGCACCAACAGUAAACCAAUCUUACUCAUGCACGGCUUGACUGGACAGGCUGAGAAUUUUGUACUGAACGUGAUGAACAAUGCCAGUUUGGCGUUUCAUUUGGCGGACAAUGAUUAUGACGUGUGGUUAGGAAACAGUAGAGGAAACACUUACGGAAGAAGACACAAAUACUUGACUAUCGACAGUGGAAAAUUCUGGAAUUUCAGUUUCCAUGAAAUCGGAUACUACGAUAUACCAGCCAAAAUCGACCAUAUACUGGGCAUAACAGGACAUGACCAGCUUGAAUACGUCGGACACUCCCAAGGUGGAAUAGUAUUUUUCAUCAUGUCCUCCCUGAGACCACAAUAUCAACAAAAGAUCAAGCUGGCCUCUCUUUUGGGUCCAGGAGGAUACGAAAACCAUUUCACCAACCCAUGGCUCCUCCCUUUCACCUUAGUACCGGACGAAUUAUACGCACUCUCGCAAAACAUCAAGGUGUACGAAUUUCCUCCCAGGGAAAUUUUCAUGGUUUUGCCCAUGAUUUGCCAGAACAAGAUGUUUCGCGAUAUUUGUGUGAUGACGAAUUAUUUACUUUUUGGGAAUUCUGGAGAAUUCAAUGAGGAAAUGAUGCCCUAUGUAGCUAAACAAGUAUCCAGCGUCUCAGUCAAACAGCUUCUUCAUUUCGCACAAAUUAUAGCUUCUGGGCACUUUAGACCUUGGGACUACGGCCUUGAAGAAAAUAAAGUUAUUUAUGGACGUGAUGCACCUUCUGACUACAACAUCUCUAGUAUCAGUGUACCUACAGCAAUGUACUACAGUUUAGGAGACAAUUUGGCAGACUACAAGGACGUUGAAAACAUGUGUGGAGCCUUGCAAAACUGCGUAAGGAAAUUCCUCAUGCCGAACAAAAAAUGGAAUCAUGUAGACUUCCUUUUCUCGAAAACAGCAAAGAAAGAACUCUAUGAUCCCCUCAUUGAAUUCUCUGAACAAUAUGACUCAUGAUUUAUGAGCAAUGUAAUUUAUUUGUACAUAUUUGUAAUGUCCAUAGACAUAAACUAAUUUAUUUUAUAAAUAUAGGUUUGUGAUAUUUUAACAUCAUAAGUGUAUGUAAAUAAAGUAUAUUACUUUCA